CCAUAGUGACCACUGUAAGCAGCAUGAAGGCCUUCGUAGCGUGCAUAGCCCUGGCUUUGGUGGCGUUAGCCGGCGCCGAAGCUCCAUCAGGUUACAACUAUAACCGACCAUCCGGAGGAAUCGGUGGCAGCAUCGGCGGUCUCAUCGGUGGAGGCAGCCUUCGCUCCGUCUCCUCAGGCUACCAAACCUCCGAGGGACAACAGCUCGACUCUCAACUCCUUGAACAAGUCCGUCAGAUCCUCCUGAAAGAAGAGGCUUCCUCUGGCUCAGGUUUCGGUGGCGGAAUCGGUGGCGGUCACGGCGGAGCUCCCUCCUCCUCCUACGGCGCUCCCUCAUCCUCAUACGGCGUCCCAUCAUCCUCCUACGGUGUUCCCAGCGGCGGCCGCGUCGUCGGCAUCAACCUUGAAGCCAUCCGCCAAGCCAUCCAAGUCGCCCAAUACGAGCAGAGCGGCGGAGUCAGUGGUGGAGGAUACCCAUCCGGCCCAUCCUCAUCCUACGGUACCCCCUCCGGCAGCUACGGCGCUCCUUACUAACUCCCAAACUCCUGACCGCCAUCCAUUGAGAUGUUCGACUUAUUCGGGCGGGCUCGUCUCAUCUCCGAGCGCCCGAAUGCCUAAACCAAUGGAUCGAGCGCCACGUACAAUGUAGGUGGCCUCAGUCCGGCCCUGCCAUCCUGGCCAACGCCUGCGACUGUGCACGCUCACGGGUUACCCAGCUAUCAGCCAGUCGCCUCUGUCACGAGACAGCUGCCAAAACUGACAACUGACACAAAUCCUUGUCAGUUGCGACAGCUCUCGCGUGACACAACACGAAGUGGCUCGUAGCUGGGAACGACUCUUGU